AUGUGGGAUAAUCCAAUUUAUUUUUAUGCUGCCGUUGGUUAUGUUGUAGAAAUUUACAGUAUUUUCUUCAUUUAUGUUAUUCUAACACAAUCCAGUAAGGAUAUCGGUUUGUAUAAAUGGGCUGUUCUCAAGCUAGCGAUUUCUGAAACAUUUUUCUCGUUCGUUUUAAUCAAUGUUGUAUCACCGGAUGUGUUUAUACCUCCUCCAGCCGCUUGCUGUAGAGGAUGGCUAACAUCUACUCAAGGAACAUGUAAAAUAGGAGUUAUGAUGAGUUUCAUGGCGCCUACAAUAUGUUUCGCUUCUGUUAAUGAUUGUUCCUUUCUUCGCCUUUUCCUUUUGAACAAUGAUCAAACUAAAAUUGAUUUUUUUUUCAGCUGGAAAGGUGGGUUGUUGUUAUUAGUGGUCCACGUGGUGCUUUGUGCGGCAAUUGGAUCAGUCACGAUGCUAUCCAUGACCGAUGGGAAGGAAUUACGAGGCUAUCUUGAUUCUAUGGGUGGCAGAAAUUCGUUGGGGAGCUACGUGAAUGCCACAGAGUACCCGGUAGUAGCCUUUCUUCCAACAAAUAUAUUCUACUACAUAACUUUACUAGUUCUAUUUGUCGGUUUCAUAUCCUUUACCACUGUUAAUGCCACCAUUGCGUAUAAAUGUUGGAGGAGAAUCAACGAAGGGUCAAGAUCUAUGUCAAAGAAAACACGAAAUUUGCAAUGGAACUUCACGUACAUGCUCAUUGUUCAGACUGUAUAUCCACCUAUUGCCAUAUGCAUACCGUGCAUGAUAUGUUGUGCUCUAUUGGUUUUCUCAUCAGGGCUGCCAGACUUGUCAAAACUUCUGCUAUUAACUACGCUACUGAUAUUACUCUAUCCUCUCAUAUCAGCUUCAUGUUGCAUUUACUUUAUCGGUCCAUAUAAGAAGUACAUCAUGAGAAUAACUCGUAUAGACAGACUACUGAGAAGGAUGAACUAUUCGCAAAAUAAGAACACACUGACCCAAGUGUCUUCUAUCUCUCGUGAAAAUAUUUGA